AUGGCAGACAAGACAGAUGAAGAAGAAGAAAAAAGUGAUGCAUGUAGUGAAGAUGAGGAAAAAAGCAGUAUCAUUGAUAGAUGUGACGAAGAUGAGGCAGAAAGUAGUAUUGCAAUUGAGUUUCAUAAAGAUGACAUACAUAGUCUUACUUUUGUCGAGAGUGGAGAAGAUGAAAAAGAAAGUGGUUAUGUGGAUGGAAGUUAUGGAUCUUCUUCAGAUAUAUCUAUCCAUGGAGAGUUUGAAGAGCCACUAACUGAUGGCUUAGAAAUUUCAAAAACUACUACGCAGACCUUAGAGAGUAUUAAAGUUGGGCAAUUAUAUAGCAGCAAGGUAGAGCUACACCGUAAGUUGCGGCUAGUCACAAUUUUACAGAAUUUUGAUUUUGUAACUUACAAGUCGACAAAAUAUUUGCUAGUGCUCAAGUGUUAUGUUGCUGGUUGUUCAUGGAAGAUUCGUGCAUAA